AUGGCCUCCUCUUCGUCUUCAUCAUCAAAUCCACUCACAACUGACGACGUCCUCGACGAGAUCGAGCGCCUCGACCAAAACAUAACCCGCACCAUGCAGGAGAUUGAUCAAAGCUUCUCAGACUGCCAGAUCAUCGUGUCGUCAAAGAUCCUGCCACAGAUUGACCGCUUCGCAGAGUCAUCACGGGAAGUUUGGGAACACGCCCGUCUCUGGAUCAACUUCUUUGAGGCCACAACCACCCCAUCAACCCCAGCAGUCGGUCGCAGAGCACAAGCAAUCAGGAACGCCAGGAACAGGCAACAGGCCGCCAUGGCUGCUUCUGCCAAUGCCGCAAACGCACAAUGGAAAGCAGAAACAGCUGCAGCGGCAGCUCAGUCGGAAUCAACAACUCCUGAUUACAACCAAAACGAUGAUCUCGGCAGCUCAACCAACCGUAGACGCAUCAGCAACAUCAACCUCGCCUCCUCAAGACUCUCCCCAGACUUUCUCGACGGCUCUCCCAUGGGCUCCUUACCACCAACACCAACACCUCUAGGCAGCAGCAGGAACCGUUUACUCCAGAGCACCCAUAUUGCCCCCCCUGCAAAGAUUCAGUGGCCCAACAAGGACGCGCCGGGCAACGCCACACCUACGCGUCGACCCUAUGAUUACAAUUCAGGACAGGACCGGGGUUCCACCACCCCUACUAUCACUCUCAGGGACCGCCCCAUGUCUCUCUCGAGCUAUACCCAGCAGGCAAAGACAACAACAACACCCACCCGAGGCAGAGUCAGCGGAGGAUUUGAGGACCUCGAUGUCGAUGAGGACCACCAGGAUGUCAUUACACCACCUACUACCCUGCAGUUCUCGGUUCCAGAGGCUAAAGUGGCGACGACACCACGGUCUGUCUUGGCCAAGAGUCGCGUCAACAAGAUCCAGAUGAAGGAUGGUCUCGUCAUUCCUCAACCUAUCUUUGUGAACGACGAUGAGGACGUGGAAGACGCUGCCUUUGUUCAGCGAUACACAGGACGUGGCUCUGACGAGGCCGACAUUGGAGGAUCGAAAAAGAGAGGUCGCGAAGGCGAUUUCUUGGAUCAAGAAGACCACCCAGCUGAGGGUCACGCCUGGGCGUCCUUGACAGAACAGCAACGGAACAAGGAGCGGUUGCUGAAGAGUCCUCGCAAAAUGGCCAGCGUCCAGGAUUUCUUUGCCGUACCGUCUUCAACAGCUCGUUCGCGGAAUCAGGAACAGGAGGAUAACAAUGAUGAGGAGCCCCGGAGCCCCGGUCGUCAGGCUGCGUCUCAUAGGAGCCGGAAUGCAGAGGACGAAGACGGAGUUGACCCACUGCUUGCAGCUUUGGCAACACCUCCCGAGAUUCGACGAGGCAUUCAGGAGUACAAAGCACGAACCUCCCUUCUGCCACAACGACCUGCACCUCCUGCCUGGGCCAUGCCCACUACCACCUCCUCUACCUCUAGUGCGGCCGUUUCCACCAGCGCUAUUACCACGUCAGCGCCAGUAUCAUCAGCACCCACGGUCUCCUUUCCCUCUAUGCCACAGCCUUCUUCCAAUGCUGUUGCAGUGUCAACAACAAUGGCAUCAGCUUCCGUUACAGUCAGUGAAACCAUUGUCACGCCUGCUCCUGCCAGCACUACCGGCGCCAUGAACCCUCCUACGAGAGUCAACAGUGACAACAGCAUCGAUUCUCUUUUCAGGCAGUCAAUCAGCUCUGGAUUUGAGGCGACGUCCAACCGGCGACAGACUAUGGCCACACCGACAGACGUGUCAAGAGGCCCUUACGGACAUCCUGGUGCCUUUAACAGUCGUGGAGGAGGAAGUGGCAGGAGCAGUUUUGGCGGAACAACGUUUCGGGCAGCACUCACAUCUGCACCAUUCGCCACGCCCAGGCCUGCAGGAUCUGUUAAUGGUCGUCUCAGCCUGUUGGGGUCUGCAUUGAGGAAGCCUCUCUACCCCACAUCACCAUCUCCCGCGAGCAGGGCCGCUGCUUCAGCUAUUGCUGCCGCCGCUGCUUCAAGCAACACUUCCAAGGCAGUCACGUUGUCUGAACAGCAACGCUCCCCGCCACCCUUUUCGCCUCGGCGAACCAAUGGUCUUGCACGACCCUCAAUGCCUGCGGGUAUGGCAGCUUAUUCAGCUGAAGGUUCAACGAGAUUGGCGUCUACGCCGGCCAAUCUGCGUUCUAAGAAGCAGGGUCAGGCGGCAGGCACUACCCCUUCUUUCACGCCCGGCCUGAGCAACACUCAGCUGGGUAAUACAGAGGAUUAUUCGGGCGCGUUUUCGACACCCUUUUCGCGGAAUCCGCCUCCAGCACCCAGACUUGGAUACCAUUCGGAUACUCUGAUGACACAGAGCAGUCUGGGACUGAACCACGAUGGGUUUGGAGGAUAUGAGAGCGAAGACCGGACAAGGAUGACGAUGGCGAGCGCGAGUAGCGUCGGAUUGGGAGGAGUAGGAGGAGGAAGAGUAGGCGAUGGUAUGUCGUCAGCCGGAGGACAUACGUCAGCGACCAGCGACAGCGGGCCUUUCACGGAAGAGGAAGAGGAUGAGACGGGCGAUGGAGAUGACGACGACGCCACUGGCAUACGGUCACCCUGCCCGCCCGGACGCACAUUUUAUGGAUCGACGACAGACUUGAAGAGCGUGGCCCAAGCGACUGCCUCCAAUCCUACUCUUGCAUCAAAGGCUGCCUCCUCCUCCAUCUCCCAUCAAUCACUUAGACGCUUUUAA